UGGCAGUCUUAUCAUUUGUGUCUGUAGACCUGUCGUGCUGAUUUAUUUAUCAGAACACCCUUUAUCAGUUCAGUUUGUCAGAAACCGUUUAGACCUCCAUGUUAUUUAAUCCUCAAAGCUUUUAAUCCUUGAAAACGCCGGGGCUAAGAUAACUGACACGUAUGGAACAGUAACGAAACCCCUCUAUUCUCCCCAUGAAAUUCUUCGGCACACUCCCGCUUUCACUUGCGCAUGCUAGAGUGUGUCCCGCUUGCGUUUGCUCGGUAGCAGGCAUGCGAUAGCCUCACAGCUUGUCGGAGUAGGCGGCUGCCCGUUUCGUAUUGGCUGCUGCAGUCGGACAACCUCUGGGUUUUAAAACUUUAUUUUUAGCCAUCGGUGAGACUGCUAUUGCAGUCGCCUCAGUGCGCGAUAUGAGAAGCUAUCUAACUGCCUUUACAGCCAUCCAUCAGUAAAGCGGUAAGGCCACGCGUGUUGGUAUUGCGACUCUUGCGGUGAGCGGACUGGGAUAAGUCCUUGAGACACUAAACCUGUUCUUUACGCAACGGGGACGAUACAACUGAAUUUAACUGUGCAAACAGUAACGAAGCUGAGGGAACUUUUAUUUGGCUACACUAAUUCAGGAUACUUCAACAGUCCGUGAAGCUGAGACGGGAUAUUACCCAUCUGAUCUAGCUGCAAACGAUACCCUCUGCUGUGUGUUGGCAAUGGCGAGUCCAGGGGCAGAUAUCGGCCCGAAGAAUCAAGAGCACAACCAACAUCCUGAACCGACCCCCGAGCCUGCAUUUCAAGAAGCCCAGAAAUGGAUAGAGGCAGCUACAGGAAGAAGCUUCGGAGACAAGGACUUCCGCGCCGGUCUGGAGAACGGCAUUCUACUGUGCGAGUUGCUGAGUUCCAUCAAACAAGGGCUGGUAAAAAAGAUCAACAGACUCCCUACUCCCAUAGCUGGACUGGAUAAUUUGACUCUAUUCCUCAGAGGUUGUGAAGAGUUAGGACUGAAAGGAUCACAGUUGUUUGACCCUGGGGACCUUCAGGAUACUUCCAUACGUGCUAACUUAACGGGCUCUGAUUGCAACAGGAAGCUGAAGAAUGUCCUGAUCACCAUAUACUGGCUCGGGAAAGUUGCCAAUGGCUGUGCGGCAUACAAUGGCCCCACGCUCAACCUGAAGGAGUUUGAAGGGCUGCUGUCCCACAUGAGAAAGGAGACUGAGGACUCAGAGAGCCCUAAGCGCUGCAUCCGUGACAGCGGUUACAUUGACUGCUGGGACUCGGAGCGGAGCGAGUCUCUGUCCCCGCCGCGGCACUGCCGAGACGACUCCUUCGACAGCCUGGACUCCUACGGCUCCCGCUCCCAGCAGACGCCCUCGCCAGACGUCGUCCUCCGCGGCAACAGCGACGGUCGAGGCAGCGACUCCGAGAGCGACUCCCGGAAGCUUCCGGACAUGCGCAAGGAUGACAUGCUGGCGCGCCGCAUUUCCUACAACGAGCCGCGUGCGGCCAUGGCCUUCAACCAGUACCUGCCCAACAAGAGCAACCAGAGUGCCUACGUGCCCACGCCGCUGCGCAAAAAGAGGACGGAACGCGAGGAAGGACGCAAGAGCUGGAGCAACGCUACCUCUCCCGUCGGCCCCGAGAGACCUUACAGUCACCCUGAGCCCAUCCAGGAGGAGAGCCUGUCUCCUCAGAGGGAGCCAGAGGAGGGCAAGCGCCCCGCUGGCUCCCUGAGAGAGUCGGGGGCAGUGCCACGUGGCGCGGUGUCCCUGAAGACCGUCACCUGGGCGGAGGAUGGAGAGGUUGAGCAGGAGGAGAGGUUGGAGGAAGAGGAGAUGAGGAAGAUGAAGAGGCUGGAGAAGGCCGGGAUCAAAGUGCUGCCCGCAUCUGUGCGCUAUAGCAGUCCCAAACCGCUGGGGGGAGAGAUGGAGGAAGCCAAGCCCCCCUCGCCUGACAUCAUCCUCAGGUGCGACAACGACUUCCUUCGUGACCAGCAGCAGCACGCCUGGGACUCGGAGGAGGAAGAGGAAAACAGCACAGGCGAGAAGAAGAUGCCCGACGUGCAGCGGGACGACCUGGCCUCGCGGCGGGCGCGCUUGAACCGCCCCCCUGCCCGCAGAGCACAUCACUUCCUGCCGGGCACCUGCAGCAGGAGAGACCAGGAGAGGUGGGAGGGCAUCCGGCGCGCCUCCCAGCAGGCGGUGCUGGAGAAGAUGGAGAAAAUGGAGCAGGAGAAAAAGAGUGAGCAUGAGGUCCAGUCUCCUGAAGUGUCCCUCAUAACCCGUAAAGACAACCCCUUCCUGAGCCCUCUGAGAAGGCGAGAGGGGGAUGAAGAGGAGGAUGAGGAGGGGGAGAACCGGGCGGUGGUGCCUAACCCACAGACAGAUGACCUUGCACGGAGGCGGGCGAAGAGCAGGCCACUCCGACACAGGGAUCCCCUGCUGCCAUUGGUUCAGACCACCAUGAAUCAAUCUGACAUGGAGAAGUGGCAGAGGUUGAAGCUCAACACAGAAGAAGCCAGUGAGAGUGAACCCCAGUCUCCUGAAGUGGCCAUCAUAACUCGAAAAGAGAACCCCUUCCUAAGCCCCCAGAGAGGAAGGGAGCGGGGUGAGGAAGAGGAUGAAGUGGGUGGCGAGGAAGAGGAAAAUACUGAAGUGGUGCCUAAUGUGCAGAAGGAUGACCUGGCCAGGAGGCGGGCUCAGAGUGCCCCUCCUCACAGGGAGCCACUGCAAUCAUUGGUCCAGACAUCCAUCACUCAGGCAGACAUGGAGAAGUGGCAGAGGCUUAAGAUGACCACAGAAGACAGUGACUCCGCUCCAAUAUGUCAGGCCUGCAUUGAGAAAAUCUCCCAGUCUCCCCCUAUCUCCACGACAAAGGCGGCCCAGGAUGACCUGGCCUGCCGCCGUGCCCGUGGCAACCGGCGCUCGCAGGGCAGCCGGCAGCGGUUUGUGACGUUUGGUCCGGUGACGGAGAUGGACCAGAGGUGCUGGGAGCGCCUGAGCAUCUCUCGUCCCGGCCAGGGAGAGGAGGAGGAGGAGGAUGAAGGCGAGGCAGGGGGGAGGGGGGAGAGAGACGAGUCAGAGACACUCCGACGCCUCCUCUCCACAGCUUCUAUCGCCAUGCCAACCAUUGGGAUGAGGUCUCUGCUCAGAGAGAGGCUUGGAAGUGCUGAAUUACCCAAUGACCACGCUCCAGCCUUAUCCCCACGAACCCCUGUGCUUGACGUAAGCCGACCUUUGACCUCCGCUGAGCACGAGGCCCUGGACGAGUUACUGGCACAGUAUGGACGUAGAAACCCAGAGGAGGAAGAGGAGGAAGAGGCAGCGGAGGAGAAACAGCCUGAUUUGCAGAAGGAUGACAUGUUGACUCGCAGGACAGGGGCAUUUCAGAAGGCCAGCAGCGCCUACAACCGCUUCCUCCCCAUGCCUGGCUCCAGACCACUGCCUCAGAGAGAGAGCUCCCAGAAUGGGCACGCUGCGCGGAGGGAGGGCGGCAUGGAGGGGAACAGACCCAGGACGGAGGGUUACUCGGAGUGGAACAUAAAGACUACCAGGAACUGGAUAGGACAGAGAACAGAGUCUCAGAAACAAGAGCCCAAGGUUCCAUCUCCGGCCACCAUAGAGGCGCAAACGGAACCUAACUCUGCCCCACCUGUGCGCGCGCCUGCUCACAGACAGGGCAGCACGGACAGAGAGCGUGAUUAUGACUACGAUGAAGAAUAUGAUGAAGAUGGCCCACUGCCAGACCUGGAGAAGGAUGAUAUGCACGCACGGAGGACAGGAGCGUACCAAAAAACUGCAGGGAGUACAGGGCAACGUUUUCUACCUGUUCCAGGUGCAGCCAAAUAUAAAGGCACCCCUACUACUGGUUUGGGCCAGUCCCACCUGAGACCCAAAGAGGGAGAGAGGCCCAAGGACAGCUUGAGCACUGUGGCCCCUCCCACCGGAGACGUUGCCAGGAAGUGCCCUCAGAUGACGGACAGGGAGGAGGCGGGCUCUGCAGAGGCUUUGGGACCUCUGUGGGAAGCAGCUGGGGCAGAUGAGCCCAAAAGUGCCCCUACUGCCCCCGGCCCUCCACCCCAGCAGGGGAGCACUGUCCCCCAAAGACGACCCUCCUGGCUGGAGGAUGAUGACCUGCCCCCAAUAUUCAGCCACAGAGCUUCUAGUGUAGCUGAUGAGCAAGAGAGCAUGAGCAUGUUUGACAUGCGCUGUGAGGAAGAGGCCAUCCUGCAGCCACACAGCCAGUCGCGCCACGAGCACCUGCACAACGAAUACAACAAGCUGCGCGAGGAGGAGGAUGAUGAGUGGCAGGAUGACCUGGCCCGUUGGAAGAACCGGAGACGAAGCACUUCCCACGACCUCAUCAAGAAGGAGAACGAGAGGAAGAUGAUGGAGAAGGUGAUGUUGGAGGAGCAAGCGGCUUCACUUCGGAGGAAGAGUAUCAAGACCUACAAGGAGAUUGUCGAAGAGAAGGAGCGCCGGGAGCAGGAGCUGCACGAGGCCUACAACAAGGCCCGAACCCCAGAGGAGGCAGCGGCCGUGCUGCAGCGCUACGCCCUCCGCUUCACCAUCAGCGAUGCCAUCCUGGAGCGCCUGCAGAUCCCACAGCCCCCAGAGAAAGGAGCCCCGCUCCUCCCCGCUGCUGCCACAACCACGGCCACGACCACGACCACAACCAUGACUGCUACCACCACACCCGCACCCCUGCCGCCCCCAGUCGCUAGCAAGCCCAAGCAGCAGCCGCCCCCCUCCCCAGCCCAAUCUACCCCCGGCGUGAAGGCCACCAUCGAAGACACCCCCAAGCCCAAAGUAACACCUCAACAGCAGACACGGAUGGUGAGCCCCCCCUCUCAGCCCCCUAACCUGGCCCGGCCCCGGCCCAUGUCCACAGAGCUGUCGCCCACGCAGUUGCCCACGCAGUUGCCCACACGCACCCCUCCCGCUCCGUCCAAGCCUGUGCCUCUGUUCACACCCAAGCCUUACAGCCAGCCCAGACACAACCAGAGUGGACACAAGCCUGUCAAGACUGCAGGCCUGAUACGCAUCAAUGGAGAAACCAACACAGAAGACAAAAAGGAGAUCACGCGGCUGAGUUCUCCACCACCUCCCCCUACUCCCUCAGCCAAUCAGGACGCGUCAGGUACCACAUGGGGAGGAGCCGAGCCUUCACCCACCUCUCCCCUGGCACGCGCCAAACCCCCCCAGGAGCCCCAGCUCAGCUCCCCACAGAGGGAGACAAACAAGGACGAGAAGGAGGAGGAGGAUCAGGAGACUCCCGCGUCUCAGGAGAAGAGCCGUGGAGAGGAGGCGCCUGCUGACGUCACCCAGUCUCCACUCACAGAACACAAGGACCUCGCUGCUGGAGGGAAGCGGAACUGCGUUGUCAAGACGACCAUCGUGACGGAACUCACACACACACAGGUCAUUGAUGAGGCUGAUGCGACCACUAGAACAUGGAUGAACAGCUCUGCAAGCGAUGACCAGUCAGUCUCCUCCUCUGAGUACAGCAGAACGGAUUCAGCACAGACCCUAACCUCAUCUUCCACCACAGUGGCAGAGUCUUCGCAGACUUCUGGUAGCUCUAGGUUACGCUUGGAGUUCUUCGCUAUGCCAGAGGGGCUUGACAACCCCAGCGUGUGUAUUGAGACCCCUAUCUUGAAUCUGGCUAAGAGAGUUGACCAUUGGACAUGGGACCCCAAUGAGGAACGCAAACGUCAAGAACGAUGGCAGCAAGAGCAGGAACGCCUGCUACAGGAAAAGUACCAGCGUGAGCAGGAGAAGCUGAAGCAGGAGUGGGAGAAAGCCCAGAGGGAGGUGGCCGAGGAGGAGAAGAGGCAUCAUGAGGAGGAGAGACAGCUCCUUGAGGAGACCAUGUCCCCGCUGACCUCUCGUUCAGCUAGCGAAGGGUUGGCCAGUCCUUUGUCCUCUCCGCCAGCCCCGCAGGACAAUAUCGUGCUGCUACUGUCGGAUUUGGACAGGAAGCGGGAGGCCCAAGAGAAGCAGACAGAGAGCGGAGAACACACAGGCACCCACAAUGGUGUAGCACACACAUACAGUCCCACCCUGCACAGCCCUGCUCAGACAGAUGUUCCUGCACCAGCACAACAGAACGGGAAGGUACCCUCUCCUCUCGACCUCAGCGAGUCAGCCACCCCACAGCUUCAGUUCAUACAGGAUGCCUCAUGGAAAAGCUCACCCUCUGACAGUCUGAGUGAUGAAUGGAAGAAGACUGCCUCUUUGGACCGCAACAUCAGUCCAUCACAGAACUACACAGCCGGGUUGAGGAGGUCAGGGUCCUAUGAGAAUAUUUUAGGGACAAACUCAUCCACACCAUCCCCAACAUCACCUGACACCCAGCCUCCAUCCCCAAGCAGGUCAGUGAGUGGAAAGAAGCUGUGCUCGAGCUGUGCCCAACCCUUGGGGAAGGGUGCGGCCAUGAUCAUAGAAACCCUGGGGCUAUAUUUUCACAUACAGUGCUUCAAGUGUGGAAUGUGUAAAGGGCUUCUUGGAGACACCAGCACUGGGACAGAUGUCAGGAUUCGUAAUGGCCUCCUUAACUGUCAAGAGUGCUACAUCAAAUCACGUGCUGCUGGUCAGCCUACCACGCUGUGAGCAGCAGUGGACCUGUAUGAAACCUGUAGGAAUACCAACACUCUGACCAGAGGCCCUGACAAUCUCCAUAGAGACAACCUGUAAUGAAUGGAGUAAUCUUAACAUGACAUCUCAGAUUAACAAACUGAUAAAGAGGGUUUAAAGCUACCCUCACAUUACACACUUCUCUCCAAGUGAUGUUUCUUUGCAUCAUGUCUACUCAUUUUUCAGAUACUGGAUAACACCUCUUUAUUUUUGUACUUGUAAAAACAACUUUCCCUCCUAUACUUUGUCAUGCUUGACCCACAUAACGCAAUAAUAAGUGCACUGUAGUAUGUCAAUAAGAUAAACAAAGUCAUUUAUCCUUACAGUUACACAAUGCGCUGGGUAGAUUGUGUGAUCUGUAAGCUAGAUUUCCUUCAAGUGAAAUGUAUAUGCCAAUGGCCUCCUAGGAUCACAUGCCCAUUUUGCACCUUAAUAUUAGUGUUUGAGGAUCAUUUUUUAUCUAAGGCAAGCAGGCAUAAGAGAGCGUCUGUCUGUCUGUCUGAAGCACACCUUACAGUCUUUAUAUAGUAACCUUCUCUCUGUAUACUAUCGGAAAGUCUAUGGUAUUUCUAUGCUUUUUAAAGAGGAUAAUUUCUGGUCUCUGUUGCAGUUUAAUUGCAGUGUAUAAUGCCUUAAUCAUUCACAACGUUGCCGAACUCCUGAGGUCGGUGACUGCAAAGAGCUUUCUUGCAUGAACAAACAUUACGAUUGGUUUGAAUACAGUCUUUUUCUGGACAGGUGCGGUUUUUCUUUAGACAUUGUGUUUUAAAUUAGUUUUCUUUUCUUUUGUUAAUGUAAUUCUAUUUCUUUUGUUUGGCCAUAGAAAAUUAAACACAUUAUGACCAACGUAUAAGGCACUCCAAACGAUGUUAUCCGGCGAGAAGCAUGUGACAGUUAUGUUUGUUGAGCAGGAUGUGCACGCAAAUCUUACCAUUUCAUUUUACUGCGUUGUUUUUGAUGGUUCUCAAGUAUUAACAGUCGUAGCUCGCAGUAAUGUAUUUAACUUUAUGCGAAUGCAUGGUUGAUGCAAAUCAUAUAUCUUUAUUUAAGUUAGGGAUACGUUUCAUUCAAACAGUUAGUUAGCUUCCUCUAUGUAUCUUAUAUGUUCCCUCUUUCCACUCGUACGGGGUGAUUUUGCAUCAACUUACGUGCCUUAUGAACGCAGGUGGUUGCACAGUUUACAAGAGGUUUAAUUCCAUAGAAUAUGAAAAUCCCAAAGAUCAUCUCAGUAACAUUUACUAUAACGAGAUGGUGUGGAUGCCUAACAGAAAUUCGAAUGUCAAACACUAUCGCCUAUCAGAGCACAAUUCUAACCAAACCAACCGAUGAAAUACGUCUUUGGAAAAACACCCUUGUUCCGUUUCAGAGGAUUCUCUCUGUUAAGGCAUGCGGUUUACUAGAAUGGCAUAUGCACAUAGCACAGUAUAUUUCUACUUAUCUAUGUCUUCUAUGAAACUGUUAUUUGAGAACAUUCUUUGACAAAACCUCAUGUCUACAUUAUCCUGCGUUUUCUGUGAAUAUUUGUGUGAAACUUGAAGCACAUCCUUUAAGUGACCCUGCACAGAUAGACAUCUUUCUGCAAGGUUUGAAUGAUAUUAGCUUGUUGGUAGUUUAAUCCCAUUUCAGUAAUUGACUGUCCUCCCUAACGGCAAUGUAAACCCUCCGUUGCACUUGCAAAGCUUUGUCCAAUUUUAAUAGCGUUGUUGACAUUACUUUUCCCAUGAUAUGAAGUAUUGUUUUCGUCUUGCUUUCUUAUGCAUUAAGAUAAGGAACAAUUUCAACUGCAUUAAACGGCAAUAAAAUAGACGUGGAGUGGUGGAGGGUCGUGUAAUAUGUUUAAGCUCUGUAUUUAUUGUAAUCAAUUAAAAACUGAAACUAAAUAGAAGAAGGAACUGUUAUGCAAUGGAUUUUAUAGCAAGUGUAUGUUUGUACAAUAAAACGUUGUAAAUGCA